AUCAGCUCUGAACUACACAUCUAUUAGAAAAGUUGUAAGCCAGCCAAUUAAACUUAUACACAGUUUUCAAAAUCAAUUUAUUAUAUUGUGCAUUUUAUCUACAUUUGACGUAGAGAACGAUUUGCACGAUGAAAAUCAAGGAAUUACAGAAGACUGUGAACAUCGCCUGGUCCCCGGCACAGCAGCAACCAAUUUACUUGGCGGCCGGCACAGCUGCUCAGCAAUUUGAUUCUAAUGUGAACUCUGCGUUGGAAAUAUACUCGCCCAAUUUUAAAGAUGCAAGCUACGAUUUGGAAUUGAAGGCGGCCGUGCCCAGCCAAUAUAAAUUCCAAAAAGUGAUUUGGAGCCCACUUGGCCUAAAUGCCACGCAUCCCAAUGGCCUCAUUGUGGGUGGCUGUGAGGCAGGUCACAUCAAUAUAUACUCAGCAGCUAAACUUCUGGCCAAUGAGGAACCGUUGCUGGCGCGACAAGAUAAGCACACAGGAGCUGUGAGCGGAUUGGACUUUAAUCCAUUCCAAAAUAAUUUGCUGGCCUCAUGUGCUUCAGAAUCUGAAAUUUACAUAUGGGAUUUGAACAACCCGGCCACACAUAUGAAUCCCGGGGCCAAAACGCAACCCCUGGAGGAUGUGAAGAAUGUGGCCUGGAAUCGUCAGGUGCAGCACAUUUUGGCGUCGGUGUUCAGCACGCGGUGUGUUAUCUGGGAUUUGCGAAAGAGUCAGCAAAUCAUCAAGCUGUCGGACACCCAAUCACGUGUGCGGUGGCAUUCCAUACAAUGGCAUCCCGAAGCGGCCACACAGGUCUGGCUGGCCUCCGAAGACGAUCAGGCACCUGUUGUACAGCUGUGGGACCUUCGAUAUGCUACUGCCCCGGCCAAGACCUAUCAAAUUCAUCAUAGGGGUGUGCUUGGCAUGUCAUGGUGUCUGGAGGACACAGAUUUGAUGGUGUCGUGCGGCAAAGAUAAUCGGAUCUACUGCUGGAAUCCCAAUACGGAUAUACCUGAAGGUGAAAUACUGUCAGAAGUAGCCACCACCGCCUCUUGGUAUUCCGAUGUACAAUUCUGUCCACGCAAUCCGUCACUUAUCGCCAGCGCCAGCUUAGAAGGUGCUGUGUCCAUUUACUCUCUUAACGGCGGAACCCAACAAGUAGUGCAAACGGCCAAUAAGAUCGCUGAUUCAUUCCCUGGCAUGGAUCAGUUAUCACAAGUUCCGCUCUCACAACAAGCUACUCAAGUGGUCUACCACGAUCUAGUACGUGCACCCAAGUGGAUGAAGCAACCAUGUGGCGUGUCAUUCGGCUUUGGCGGAAAGUUGGUCAGCUUUGAUAGAAACUCCAAAACAGUCAAAAUUUCACAGCUCACCACAGAACCAAGUCUAGUGGAGCGUGCUAAUGCCCUGGAACGUUCGCUGGCUGAGGCCAACUAUGCCGAUUAUUGCCGACAUCGUGCUGAUCAAACGGCUGAUCAGCAUGGACGCUAUAUCUGGUACUUUAUUAAGGCAAACUUUGAUGUGAAUCCCAAAGAGGAGCUUUUAAAUCUACUGGGUUACAACAAAGACGAUAUUGAUAGCAAGUUCUCAAAGUUUAUAAAAGAAAACGAAAACGAUGCCCUAGCUGAAGUCGACUCGCUUACAAAUCGCAUCUCCACACUGACGCAUAGCGAUUCAUCAGAAGUUGAGUGCGAUCAGAGCACAAAUUAUAGCACUGAUACAUCGCAAACUGCGGACAACAGGACUAUUUUCGAUGAGAUUGCUGGAGAAGGUCCAAAACAAUUCAGGGACAAUACUUCACCGCCGAAACCGAAUUUCAAAAUACCGAGUGGUGAUCAUGCCGACAGCCUUAUUGCAGAGGCCAUACUCACUGGCAAUACGGAAGCAGCAGUUGAACUAUGCAUCGAAGCUCAGCGCAUACCGGAGGCUCUGAUUAUUGCCUCCACGGCGGGCCACGACGUCUUGAUUAGAACACAAACGCGUUUUCUGUCCGAGCAGAGGGGGGAAUUAUCACAGGUUAUUUGCGCACUGGUCACGCGGGACUGGCUGGACUUUGUCAAUCGCUGUACCGUAGACUCGUGGAAGGAAGCUCUGGUGGCGGCGCUAAAGCACAGUGAACGUAAGCUAGUGGAUAUCUGCGAACGCCUUGGCGAUCGUCUGCUCAACGAGUGUGCAAAUAGUGUAGAAUACACACGGAAUGCUAUGCUCUGCUACAUCUGCGCCGGCAGCAUCGAUAAGCUGGUUAAUGCCUGGUACCAAUCGAAGCAGUUGGAACAGCAGAAUCCCAACUACAAACUGAACACUAGCGAGCUGCAAGAACUGGCUGAAGUAGUUAUGUUGAUGUCUAAGUCAUUGGAACAGCAAGGCAUUGCAAUAGAUCUAGCUGGUCGAUUUGCAGGAUUUAUAUCGGAAUAUGGAGGGCUCUUAGCAUCGCAGGGCGCUUUAACUGCAGCUUUGCAAUACAUAACAACAUUGGGUAGCUGCAGUGCUCAAGGCAGCGAUUUGGAUGUGCUACGGGAACGCAUUAGCCAUGCCGUCAAUACAGCGGAGCCGGCUCCGACUGUAGCGCCUGCUGUAGGCUACAGUCGCCAAGCAGCUCGUGGUUCGUUCUCACAGCCGACGCCCUUUAAUCCUUACAAUGUGCCAAUAGGCAAUGCUAGCUGGCAAAGUCCUGUAUCGGCAGUGGCAGCUCCAGUGGUGGCCAUGGCCACACCGAUUUCCAAUUAUCCAACAGCCCAGGCACCGCCCCAACCUUUCAAUCCACAAGCGGCAGCCAAACCUGAGGCAGUCGCACACCCGCCAAGACCACACAGCAAUGCCAGCUCAUCAGGUGGUGGCCCAGCAGCAGGUAGCAUCAGCGGCGUCGGCCUCCACACACGCUCCAAGUAUGUUUUGGAUCCAUCAGUGGCAGCACCCACUAGCGCUUAUGGUGUGCCAUACAAUCCUGUUCCAGUACCAGCGCCAGCUCCCGCACCCUUCACUGGUGCUCCAGUGCCCAUCCAACAACCUGGCAGUGUGCCCACAAAUUAUAAUAGCAAUGCUUUCAAUACGAAUCCCUUAGCUUCAGUUCAGCCCUACGGUCAAGUAACCUACAUGGACGCAGGAAGCCGUGGUGGUUAUGUGCCAGGUAUGGCUCCGGUCGACACAAUGCCUGCAGCAAAUGCACCUGCUCAAACGCCCAUUAUACAAAAUAUACAAAGAAAUCCAACGCCGCCACCUGGCUGGAAUGACCCGCCAACCCUUAAAUCAUCGAGAGUGCCGAAACCCAAAGCCGCAACGGAACCGCUAGCUGCUCCUAUAUUGCAUCCAUUAUUUGGCACAGACCCCAAUAAAAAUCAAAAUGGCUACGUCGAUCCAAAUCAAUACCAGGCUAUGCCACCACCAGCCAGCGGCAACACUUACUACAAUCCAGCUACAGUCAACAACAAUUCUCAGCAGCAAACCUUUCCAGCACCGCAGCAACAACAGCCCAACUUCCAAACAUCGGCAAUUCAAAAUCAACAGCAGCAGUGGCAAGGACAACAACAUCAGCAAACAAUUGGGUACACAGAACAUCCAGCACCAAUACAGCAACAGCAACGUCAGGCGCCACCACCCAAAGAAAAGCCACCACUGCCAGAGGAAUAUAUAUAUUUACAAACUGUCCUGGAGGAGCUGAAAAAACAAUGUCUGAGUGCCACACAAGAUCCGCGCACAAAACGCAAAUUUGUUGAUGUGGCCAAACGAUUGGAAAAUCUGUACGAUUGCUUGCGAGAAGACAAGCUCACAUCCUCAACAGUGCAAUAUCUAAAUCAAAUUGUUCAGUACAUACAAGUAUCGGACUAUGCCAAUGCAUUAGAAAUGCACACGCGCAUAGCGUUCGGCACGGAUUUUUCGCAAUGUGCUGGAUUCAUGCAGGGAUUGAAGGUGCUGCUUCAAUCGGCAGCGGAACUACAACUGGUUUUGCGUUAAUUUGAUUAGUUUUUCCUAAUCUACAAGCGUGCUCAGUUCUCUUUCGUUAAAACAGUUUCCCUAUGUUUUCUUCAACUUUACGUAUUUGUUGUUGUAACAAAAUAUUCUUACAUGUGUGUAAUGUACUCGUGUUCCAUGUUUAUUUUAAUGCAUGUUUGUAAGUGAGCUUGUGCCGCUGAUUUGAUUUACUUAUCUAUAUAAAUACAUAUAAAUUUAACAUGUUGCUAAUCGAGAGAUAAAUACAUAUAUAUAUGCAAAAAAUUAAA